UUGGGAUCAUCCUUUUGAGAUCAUGUGUGAUGCUUCAGACUUUGCAGUUGGAGCAGUUCUGGGACAGCGUAUUGACAAGAAGCUUCAUGUCAUCUACUACGCAAGUCGCACCUUGGACGAGACCCAGGGAAGGUAUGCUACCACAGAGAAGGAACUCCUAGCAGUUGUGUUUGCAUUCGAGAAAUUCAGGAGUUAUCUUGUAGGUUCGAAGGUCAUUGUGUAUACCGAUCAUGCCGCUCUGAGACACAUCUACUCGAAGAAGGAUACCAAACCGAGACUGCUGAGAUGGAUCCUGCUUGAGGAACAACUUCUGGUAGCCCAGGUUUGUGAGCGGAUGCAUGACACAGGGGUUGAGAACCUCAAAAUCAGAUGCAUGGCAAUCACUUCUGAGACUGCACCCUGGUAUGCAGAUGUUGUGAAUUACAAGGUAUGUGGAGAAGUUCCUGAUGACAUGGAUCCAUACAGGAAGAAGAAGCUUUUCAGAGAGGUCAACCACUACUUCUGGGAUGAACCCUAUCUGUACAAGAGAGGUUCUGACGGUCUGUUCAGAAGAUGCAUAGCAGAAGGGGAAGUGCAGGGAGUGCUUGAGCAUUGUCACGGUUCCGUCUACGGAGGUCAUUUCGCCACAUUCAAGACAGCUCAGAAGGUUCUCCAAGCAGGUCUCUGGUGGCCAACCUUGUUCAAAGACGCUCACAACUUCAUCACCAAGUGUGACGCUUGUCAGAGGAUGGGCAACAUCACAAGGAGAAACGAGAUGCCCCAAAAUCCAAUCCUAGAAGUGGAGAUAUUUGACGUUUGGGGGAUAGACUUCAUGGGUNUGUGUGAUGCUUCAGACUUCGCAGUUGGAGCAGGUCUGGGACAACGUAUUGACAAGAAGCUUCAUGUCAUAUACUACGCGAGUCGCACCUUGGACGAGACUCAGGGGCGAAUCAGAUGCAUGGCGAUCACUUCUGAGCCUGCACCCUGGUAUGCAGAUGUUGUGAAUUACAAGAAUAUGUAUAGCAUAAGGGGAAGUGCAGGGAGUGCUUGA